AAUUCUACACUUGGUGCUCCAUAGUAAUAAUCAAUCAAUUAUCAAUCAUGACCUCCCGGCGCCCUGGACGUGGUCGUGGACGCGGACGCGGACGUGGACGUGGUCGUGGUCGUGGAAGAGGGACUGCAGAGGCGCACUUCUCAAAAGACGGUGAAGAUGAUAAGGCAACACAAGGCCAAAAUAUUUCUGCCAUCUUGAAGGCCAAGGGACACAUCAAAUGCCCAAAGCCUGGGUGUGCAAGAAAAUUUGUGAACAGGUAUGGAUAUGAAUACCAUCUGGAAAGAUGCGGAGUCAGUCCUGAAGAUACAAAGAAAUUCUACUGCCCUCUAUGUCCUGAAAAGGUUUACCUCAGCAAAGCUGGGUUGAGGCUCCAUCAGAAAUCAAUUCAUGAGCGGCCUGAAGCUGUGCCAGAGCCAGAGCAGCAAGAGGAUGUUGGAGGACGUGGUCAACGCAAAGCUGCUCAGAAGGCAAUGGCUCAGGUGAAGCUUUUGAGAGAUGCAAUUAUUGAUUCUACGGAGCGAGUAACAAAAAAAGGGUCUUUGAAAGAACGUCAGAGAGAAAAGAGACAAGAUGUCUUUAUUCCAGAGGAUUGUGAGUCUGACAAUGAUGAGGAGGAAUAUAAAGAAAUUGAUGAUUCAUCUGUUCGUAGGAGGGAAGGCAAGGUCCAGUUAAAAAUCAAUAAAUAUGAUCUUGAGACAUUUAAUAAGAUGUCAUAUGACCGCCACUUUGAGAGACUGUGUUCAAUGCAGGAAAUAUUAUUUCAUGAUCUGAGGAGUACAGUGUCCACAUGGCCUCACAUUUCUAAAAGUGCUGCAAUGUCUUGUGAGAGUCUUGUAAAGAUGAACCAAUCUCACCAGCAUGUAGAGAAGGACAUCCAAUCUCACCAACAUGUAGAGAAGGACAUUCAGACAAGUGUUGGAAGUAUGACAUCAUUACCAGUAUACAGUGCGACUGAGAUCCAGGAUGAAGAAGAUGGUAAUCUGCCUCACUUUGCAUUUAAUAUUGGAGGAGUUGUGCGGAGUGUAGCAUGGUGCCCUGUCCCAAUAAGUGAGGACUGUGCAGAUCAAUAUGCUGCAUUUAGCCCGUACUGCAGCAAUUACCAGGUCCCUCAAGCUUUGCUGAGUCAAACUGGUCCAAGUUUGAUUCAGAUAUGGGGAUUUGGACCACUACACAACCAAAGUGGAAAACCUGAUCUGAAGUUUAGCAUUGUUCACAAUGCUGGAAAUGUUCAUGCGCUGAAAUGGUGUCCGUCUGGGUGCUGGGACAAUCCUUGUACUGUGGAAUCCAGUGAAGAGCUAUGGGAUAAUCGCCUUGGUGUCCUUGCAGCUGCAUGCUCUGAUGGUUGUGUGUUGAUAUAUAGUGUACCUCAUCCUACUGAAGCUCCUGAAGGUCAAUCAUCAUCUCAACCACUACCCAAAGUAUAUGAAACUGUACCAAGUCUAGUUCUAUGGCCUGGAAGAGAUGGGGAUAAAGGAGGCAGCUCAUUUGGUCCAUGCUUAUGUCUUGAUUGGCAACAAAGAAAACCACAUUCUACGAUAGCUGCUGGUUAUUCUUGUGGCUUGAUUGCUAUUUGGAAUGUAAGUGUACAGUCAUCUACCCCGAUCAGACAAUCUAACACAGAUGGCUCUAUCACUCUUCUUCCAACCCAAGUUUUUACUGCACAUACUGGUCCCGUUUUGACCAUUUCUUGGUCCCCUGCUGAUAACAAUUUGAUGUGUAGCAGUGGUCGUAAUAGAAUGUUGCAUUUCUGGGAUAUUCAUGAACCUGGCAUUCCUGUGUUGAGUCAGAUGUAUCCUAAUGCUCUACAGACUUGUCAAUGGCUGUCUCACUAUAGUGCACUUCUUACUGUCGAGGAUGGACACAUUCAGAAAAUCAUUCUUCAAGAUGUCUCCUCCAUCUCUACUCCACCAAUUCCAAUCUAUUGUCAACAGAACCAUGUCUUGGAUGUGACAUACUCAGAAUGGUUGAACUAUCUCGUAGCAACAGAUAUUUCAGGCAAGAUUGAACUCUGUGAGAUGCCUAAAAGAUUGCCAAUCUCUUCUAAGCAGCGAAUUAAGAUGGUGUCAGUCCGGAGCCCAUGUAUAAACCAUGCUUCAUCAGUACUUAGCAACAUGGAUGCCAUUUACAAGGGUCUGAGCAUGAUGGAGAAGGUCAGUGCCGGGGAUGAAAUACUUGGAAUAUAUUGCGUGUACUUUGAAGUCUUUUCGAUUCUCUUUUGAUCUUCACACUGGGAAAGUCUUAAUUUGUUGCUUGUUGAAAUGAUGGAAGAGUUUUUCAUAUACCUACUUUUGGCACCUUCAGUACCUGAAAAUAUGUGUAGGGGUGGUGCAGCAAGAUAUGCAAAAUGUGUUCCAACAACCAACACUCUAAAUAAUGUUACUGUAUUCAAAUUAAGGUAUGAGCUUUGAAUAUUACUUCUACAAAGAGACAUUGCAGCUUGAAUACACUCUUAGUAUAAACAUUAAAAUGACUUGAGUAUUGUAGUCAACGCAAUAGUACCCACUUGCCUAGAAUAGAUUGCAUACAGAACCCAAGUCCAUCGUGGGCUAGAUUGCAUACAGAACCCAAGUCUAUAUUGGGCUAGAUUGCAUACAGAACCCAAGUCCAUAUUGGGCUAGAUUGCAUACAGAACCCAAGUCCAUAUUGGGCUAGAUUGCAUACAGAACCCAAGUCCAUAUUGGGCUCCUUUCACAGGGUGGGUAUCCUAUAUUUUCUUCAAGUAAUUUGCUUGAGGUUGAUUUCAUACAUUCUAGCUGUACACAUACUAUUUUUUUUCAGGUGAUUGUUACAUUUUAAGGUUUGGUAACUGUAUUUUAAAAUGUAUGAAAAGUAAGAAAAGAUAGUGUUGAUUUCAAUUAACAAACUAAAAUGUAGUACAGAAUAGUCUUUAACAAGUCACAACUUCACAAAUUCAUUAGAUGAAAUCGAGGGCUACACAAGAAAUAAAUAAAUUGUAUGUGUCAUUUUGCAAUUAUUGGGUAAUAUCGCCUGUAAUUUCACGCUUAUUUUUGGUGUUAAGAGACCAAAAAAAAAAGCAGAGGUCAACACUGAAUAUUCAAAGGCAGCUCUUGAUGUAAACACUGCUUGUCACUGACUGAAUUAUACCCUUAUUAAUGAUUACCAUUGCAUUUGAGAGAGGGUAAACUAUAGCCUACAUGUACGUCUGAUGAUGCGAUGAGUCUUUAGGUAAUACAUCACUGUGUUUACCGAGAGUCCUUUUCAGGACACCUCAAUCCUCCCUCUCUCUCACAUGGUGCAUCCGCAAGCCUACUGUAUAUCACUGUGUUUGUUGACAUGUCUAUACUGCAUUCUUGUAAUAAUAGUUUUCUAGUAUCAUAACAGUAAUGAUAUUGGUUUUAAUUUAUCUACAUAUAUUGAGGUUGAAUGUGUGUAUUUCCCACCUAAUAGGAUCUCUGUUACUAAAUUAUUUGAAACUGAAGGGCAUUCUUGGGUGGAAUGUAAAACCAACUAAGUGGAUGAGAUAGUAUGUUUAUAAUAAUCACAUGAUACAAGAUAAUCAGACUAUGAUCCAAUGCCAUUGUCAUAUAAAAAAUAAAGGUAAAGGGUGUGUGAAAAAAAAUAUCUGCAUAAAGCAAUAAAAUAGUCUGGUUAUGAUUAUAAUGUGCAUGCAGCAGAAUAGAGACAUUUCAGUGUUACAAUUUUGUAUCUAAACAUGACAUUAAACAAAGGAAAAGGGAAAAAAUGUCUACAUUUUGAUAUAAAAAUCAGUUUUUCAAAAGAUUAAAAGACCUGUUGAUCUUAUUGUAUAAUCCUA